AAUGAAGGAUUUCAAUAGUAAUGCAACUCUUCGUUUCAUCACGAUCUUGGCUCUAUUACGUAAUAUUAAUCAAGCUGAAUUUUCCAACGUAAGUCAAAUGGACGUUGGAAAACGUUGUUUUAAGAACACACGUAUCACGCACGUACCAUGUACCACAUGUUCCUUUGGAUGCGUUCCGUUUGAAGCUACGAAAGUUUCAAAGCGUUCAAUUGACAAGGAAAUUUCUUUGGUCCUUGACCUAGCUGUCAAACAAUCUAAUAUAAUAUUAUUUGAUUACAACGAAAAACUACAAGGAAAAGAGCGUAUAACAAACGAGAUAAACAAAAUGCUUCGCGGCUACGAGGGUGUAAGAUAUGUUUCGGAUAAGCAGAUGAUAGUUUUUGAUAUUGGCAGUGCGUACACAAAAUUUGGUUAUGCUGGAGAAGCGUCUCCACGGGGUAUUAUCCGAACGGAAGUGAGAUGCCCGGAAUCCAAAAAGAUACGGCGAAUCAUUGAUCAUACAGAUGUCGAGGACUUGUAUCAACUUCUUGUAGAAUUUCUUCAUCUAUUAUUUUUUAAAUACGUUGUGGUAACUCCGAAAGACACAAGGAUAUUGUUCUUGGAGUCACCAUUGGCAGUGACAUCAUUUAGAGAUACCAUUGCAAAAGUGAUGUUCAAGCAUUUUGAAGUUGGUUCUAUAUUGUUUCUACCGAGCCAUUUAGCAACAAUUAGUACUCUUGGUAUUGACACAGCUUUGGUAUUGGACGUCGGAUAUCGGGAAGCGACUCUUAUUCCUAUCUUUGAGGGAAUUCCAGUUCUCAAAGCUUGGCAGGCGUUACCCCUGGCUGGACAAGUUGUACACGAAAAUUUAAGGAGAUAUUUUAAUGAUAUAUCAAGCGAUAUAGAUUUAUCGGAAAAGGUGCUAGAAGAUAUAAAAGUAAGAACGUGUUUUACAACUACACUCGAAAGAUCUACAAAGCUAGGAACAAAGGACGCUCCUACUUCACCUCCCGAUGUUAUGUAUCCUGGUGUUAAAAGAAUUUUGAUACCUGGAGAGAUUAGAGAAAAGGCAUUUGAAAUACUAUGGGAAAGAGAUAAUGAUAAUCUCUCAUUGCCAACUAUGAUACUCGAUGCUAUUGUUAAGUGUCCUUUGGAUAUGAGGCGAGUGUUGGUCGAAAAUAUAAUACUCAUCGGUGGAACAACAAUGACAAAGGGCUUUGCGAGCCGUUUGAAAUCAGAAUUACUGACUUUAGUCCAAGGUGAUUUGUAUAAAAGUAAAUUAAAAAUACAAUCGUUUAAAUUUCACACAGCACCUAGUAAACCAAAUUAUACAGCGUGGUUAGGCGGUGCUAUCUUUGGAACAACAGAUUUACCAUUACGAUGCUUAACAAAAGAAACAUAUUUAAAAACGAAUCGAGUUCCCGAUUGGUCCUGUCUUAUAGACAAUCAAAAAGACGAAACAUCUUACGAAAUAUGAACAAAUAC